CGACAUGUGUUUCUUUGAAUGUCACAACUAUGCAGAGUACCAGCAUUCAACAAUUGUCUGAGAAAGUCUUGAAUCCACGGUUUUCUAAUGGUCAUACGUAUGGUUUAAUUCCAAAUCCAUUCUUCACUAAAUAUGGUACUUACCAGGCCCAGUAUCACUACGAUAGCAAUCAUGGCCUGUUUGGAGCUCUGGCUGUCACUAGUGGCGUUAAACCCGCCAACAUCGCAAAAUACGGAGCAGGAAAUCCACCAAACAUUCUAGAGUUGUCAGAAGACAUGAGACAACGCAUUUUCAAACAGAACAUCCAAGCAAAUACCUUCAGUUGGAGAGGAUGGACUGGCUCAAUACUCACAUCCUUCGCAGUGAAUAACUUUUGGUAUGUGGUCAUUACAACACUUUCAGCAUCAUCCAAUAUCACACAUCAGGAGAACUAUGAUACUCAUAUUGUAGAGAUUGAUAUGACGGCCACGAUGUUUAAGAACGUUCGCACCAUACCAAUGACUUGUGUCGAACAAGUAGGUUAUAACAAACACACGUACUACAAAGCUACUGCAGCAGAGUAUGUUCCACAGGGAACAAGAUCAUCCACGCUUGCGAGUUCGGCAGUCAUAAUGGCUACUUUUUCCACACCAGGAAACAAUCAGAACAUGUUCAGGGGUGGGUCUGUGCUCUGCUCUGCUCAAGCAAGCAACUUGAAUGAUGGGACGAGAACGGAACUCAGCGGUAUAGCACAUCGCUCCUUUGCUGAUUUAAGUUUUAGCAGUAUUGCGGUGGGAUACACAAUCGGGGAGUGCAUUACCUUCUUAGGCGAUGGAUAUGGACGUGUUACGAAGUUGAGAUCUCCCACCCCAUUCAUAGCCUCCGUAAGACUGACUGAAGUCGUUGAGACCAUCCAGGUUUUCAAAAGCCACCAGAAUGCACAAGGAGAAAACAAUAACCAGAUCAAGAGGAUGUCUCUCAGUUCACAGACAAUCUCUUCUGACACGGUUCUGCAUGUGCAAUCAUUGGAAAGCUUUGCUGUGCUUGACGUAAACCAGUGUGAAGGUGUGAGGGGUUGCUCAGUAUGCAAGGAGGUUCCCAACUGUAUCUGGAAAGACGGCACCUGUACUGUUCCCACAUUGGCGGACUACAAAGGAGACCUAUGUCCGCCAGAAAUUGAUGAAUGCACCACUAACACUGACCAGUGCCAUGCCAGUGCUACGUGUGAAGACACACCGGAUUCAUACACCUGUCAAUGUGAUGCUGGUUACAAGGGAAAUGGCACCUCCUGCAGCGACAUUGAUGAAUGCAGCACUUACCAGCAUCGGUGUCAUCAUGCCGAGGCUAUUUGUAAAAAUACAGAGGGCUUGUACACCUGUAGCUGUCGUGAUGGUUACACGGGCAACAGUACCUACUGCACAAACAUGAAUGAAUGUACCACUGGUAGUCAUCAGUGCAGUGCAGAUGCUACGUGUCAAGACACACUGGGUUCAUAUACCUGUCAAUGUAAUGAUGGUUACUGGAGAGAUGGCACCAGCUGCAGCAACCUUAAUGAAUGUGCCACAGACAUUCACAACUGCCAUGCCGGUGCUAGGUGUAAAGACACAGUCGGUUCAUACACCUGUGAAUGUAAAGUUGGUUUUACAGGAAACGGUGCCAAUUGCCAGAACAUUAAUGAAUGUGUCAUCGCACCCAACCCCUGCCCUGCGCAUGCUACGUGUCAAGACAUAGAGGGUUCAUACAAAUGUGAAUGCUUUACUGGAUACUCCAGAGAUUGUACUGGCACCUGCAGCGAAAUUGAUGAAUGUAUUAAUGCACCAUGUUAUGCAAACGCCCAAUGUACUAAUACACCGGGUUCGUACACCUGCACAUGUCAUAACGGUUAUACAGGUAACAGUACCUACUGCAAAAACAUUGAUGAAUGUGUCAUCGCACCCAACCCCUGCCCUGCGCAUGCUACGUGUCAAGACACAGAGGGUUCAUACAAAUGUGAAUGCAUUGCUGGACUAUCCAGUGAUAGUAAUGGCGCCUGCAGCGAUCCAUUUGGAUGUGAUCGGCCAGUUUUACAAAAGGCAACUUUUCCGGUAAAUUCCUCCAAUACCAAACUGAAUAUCCUGCACGCAGUUUGUGACUCCGGCUUUGAAUCUAGUGGUCCAUCUAACCCUCAGGCAACUUGCCACAGUGAUGGCACGGUAACAGUGCAAGGCAGAUGUGGACAUCAUUGUAGUGCGCAGAAGAAAUUCCUUUCUUAUCAUGGAACGAAGACAUAUAAUGACGCUGUGCGCUUUUGCUCGAGCCAUUACUCCCGCCUAUUGAGUGGAGCGCUGUGGACUCAAUGUUUAUUUUAUAAACCGGGCCACAGUGAGAGAAUGUGGCUCGACCUGCCACACUUUGGUCAAGUCAGUACUGUGCAGUCGGGUAGCAGACCACAAUGGGUAUCUGAAGGGGAACUCUAUACAACUGUUUGUGAAUCGGAAAUUAAAUGUAGUGAUGCACCAUGUGAUGCAAACGCCCAAUGUACUGAUACACCGGGUUCGUACACCUGCACAUGUCAUAACGGUUAUACAGGUAACAGUACCUACUGCAAAAACAUUGAUGAAUGUGUCAUCGCACCCAACCCCUGCCCUGCGCAUGCUACGUGUCAAGACACAGAGGGUUCAUACAAAUGUGAAUGCAAUGCUGGUCUAACCAGAGAUAGUACUGGCGCCUGCAGCACUCCAUUUGGAUGUGAUCGGCCAGUUUUACAAAAGGCAACUUUUCCGGUAAAUUCCUCCAAUACCAAACUGAAUAUCCUGCACGCAGUUUGUGACUCCGGCUUUGAAUCUAGUGGUUCAUCUAACCCUCAGGCAACUUGCCACAAUGAUGGCACGGUAACAGUGCAAGGCAGAUGCGGACAUCAUUGUAGUGCGCAGAAGAAAUUCCUUUCUUAUCAUGGAACGAAGACAUAUAAUGACGCUGUGCGCUUUUGCUCGAGCCAUUACUCCCGCCUAUUGAGUGGAGAUCUGUGGACUCAAUGUUUAUUUUAUAAACCGGGCCACAGUGAGAGAAUGUGGCUCGACCUGCCACACUUUGGUCAAGUCAGUACUGUGCAGUCGGGUAGCAGACCACAAUGGAAAUCUAAAGGGGAACUCUGUACAACUGUUUGUGAAUCGGAUGUUGUUUAAUGCCGCACUGUUGGAGGCGAUGCAGCUUGAAUGUGCAAGUAGUUCAGACACAUCAAGCAUUGGUUGUGAAGCACCUGAUUGACUGCACGUAUUAUCUUUCACCUUUCACCGUUUCAGAACAUCACAUUUAUUCUGCUUUUGCUUAGUUGUAAAUCUUUAAAUUGCAGAAUAACCUUAAUUCCGAAAAGGCGACAAGGCGACAACAGUGUAAUGAAUACAAUAAACAGAACCAGCUUCUAGCAUAGGCUAGCAUAGGUUGUGUUCUAAUCAUUCGCCAUGCCACUGUCAAUUGUAUUCGGUUUGCCCGUAAAAGUAAGAGGCCUUUUAUCUGUUUAGUGCCAUCCUUUAUCUAAUUAUAUUUCUGUUUUUCUUGCUUGCGUCUUCUAAAAUAUAUUCUUUGAUUUGUGCAAAUAGUUGCAAAGGAAGUCCUAGAGGAUGGCUCCACCCUGUCACGAUGAAUUGCAUUGCACCGGUCCAGAAUCUCAUAUUCACUCCGCAUUUGUCAAGUUCAACACACUUCAUUUGCAGAAAGAAUCUGACUAUUCUACUUCGGUCGUCCCUAUUUGCAUCUUCUUCAGUUUAUACUUUGGUUUGUGCAAUUUUUUCCUCAUUGUUAUGGCCAAGAGUAAAUAACUACUUUUCGGUAUUA